AUGCUGUCCACACCUCAACCGUAUCCCACCGUGGCCAACAACGUGCCUGCACCCGACGAUGCGCAGAUCGAGUCGCGCAUGCCCACCGUCUGCGUCGACUAUCUUAGUCACCAGUGGACCGACGAAGACGUGUGGAGCAGUUGGAAGGCUAUGACCAAGCAGAAGAACCAGAUCGCCAAUGGUGUCAGACUCGAAAACGCAAGUUGGCGUACGUGGGCAAAGCAGCGUGGCAAGCUCAAGACCAUCAGUCCCGAGACGCUCAACUGGCUCAAAGACAGCGACGUCACAUGGCUCUACGGCCCUCUCCAUGAGCACGUCGAGGCGGUACCUCCGCCCAAGAUGGCGACCAUGGCAGAUCGCCUCGAUCUCGACAACGGCCACCGCGUUCGCUCCAUCCUCAAGCACCGCACCAUUUCGGACAUGCUCAACACGCCGGGGAGUGCCGCUUCUCCGAAUGCCGAGCUCGAGACCAAUCCGAUCGACGAUCUCAUUGAAGAGCAAGAUCGCAAGGCAGAGGAAGAAGCUGCUGCUACAAGCCAGCGUCAGCCGCUCUUUUCGGUCAAGUCCGAUUCCAAUCUGGUCAGCAAGGUGCCCAAGCGAGCCGGAAGCUCUCCGAGCGCUAUGCCCUUGGUAUCGGCGCAGAAGAAGAUGUCGCUCAACAGCGGCCGUGCCGAUAGCCUGGGACCGGAGGAGAAGCGACACAUCAGCUUCAACCACCGUGUCGAGCAGUGCAUUGCGCUCGAUCACCAAUAUCCAGACUACGACGACUAUGACGAGGAGGAAUUUGAUGAGGAAGAGGAAGAUCCCAGCAGCGAGGACGAGGAGGUGCUCACGAUGAAGUCGAGCCCAAGGACGUCGCCGGCCAUUUCUCAUGCUUCCGCUUCAUCCUCGAAGCAGUCGGAUUUGCAAGCGACCAUCGCCAAGCUGGCUCCCACUCGUCUCAAGACGUCCGAGGUUUACCCAGCGCCCUCACCCGCAGUGGUAGACCCAAGCGGUUUCCUCGCCACUCGUGCCAACAACGGCAGCACCGUCUCGACGUAUCCAGCGCAGUACGGCUAUGCUCGUGCUGGCGUGCCACCGAGCCACGGCGACCCCACCGCACGAGGCGUCCAGUGGGACCUCGAGGACGACUUCAACGGCGACUUUGACUACUUUGACGGCCCAGACCUCGUCGACAGCUCGGGCGAUCACCACGGCAACGCCAACGGCCCGGUUUUUAAUACAGGCGACGCUGCGAGCAGCCCUGACGCUUCCAGAACCUACGGAAGCUUUUUUGACAACAGCGAGUCAGACAGGACUGACGGAUCCACCUCAUCCGCGUCGCCUCAAGACAUAGCAGCCGCAACACCGGAGCAGUCGCAAGCCAGUGUUGCCCCGCGAGGCAUUCUCAAACAUCGCAUUGUGCAUCAGACCGCCUCUGAGGACUACGACUCGCCGCGCAGCUUGGAGGCCGAGGGUGACUACGACGUGCUCGGUACCUCACAUCAGGACGCCUCGUCGUUUGGCGAGUCGUACGAGUCCUCUCGAGGUGACGACUCGCGCGAGCGGGGGCGACCAUCGCAACGCCUGGGCAGCUCUGCAAGCUACGAGCGCAUUCAGGAUGCCGCGAGGCAGACCCGUGUACGAACCAACAGCGGCACUUCUUCCGGUCACUCGCCCACCAACUCGGCAGCCAACGGCAGCUAUGAUCGCUACUCGGCCGCCUCAGCGAGCCCCGCGUCCUCCACGUCACCUGCCAACGCGCGGAGUGGUGCACGGAGUAGUGGCGAUUCCUUUCGGGCUGGCGGAGGCAAAGACGGAGCGCGAGAUGGAGCUGAUGGCUUUCGAGCUGGAGAUGCAGCUGCGCACGGAGGAAAGGCGCGUACGGUCGCGAAUCGGUCCCUGAACGAGUACGACUCGGACGGCGGGUUGGCCAGCCCCAACUUCCCAGCCAGCCCGCAGCUGGAUGGCAAGGACGACACCGGGUCGAGCCGUUCGUCGCAGGACCGCGAUGGCGACCGUUACAUGUACGGCGGCGAACGAAGCUACUGGGCGGACGACAAGAAGGGCGGGUCGAGAGCUGCAUCUGCACGGGCCAAGUCGACCUCGCCAGGCGCGGCCGGCACGGAUUUGAGUGUCGAUGUGGAGAACAUCCCGAGCAACGCCCGUCCGGUGCCAAAAGCUGUCAGCGUCACGAGCCCCGAUGGACCCGUAGAGGUGGGCCCGACACCGCUCAACACGCCGACCUUCAUCCUCGCAAGAGCGAGCGGCAAGCGUCGGUCCGGAUCCGGCACAGGCGCCGAUAUCGCCGGUGGUGGACCUUCCAGUCCGACCUUGCCCCGGAGGACCAGCGCUACAGGCGCACUCGUCGCCCCGCACAACUCGGAACCCCGCGUACCUCUUGCGCACGAUUACGUCGAGGAGGACGAGGGAGGCAUCAUCGGUCGUGCGGUUGAGAUCGUCAACACGGCGCGCGACCUCAUCGGUGCGCUGCUGGGCACGGGCGAUCGAGGUCGAUCAUGGCGCGAGGGCUGA